GAAGCGAGGCAGCUAUAAUCAACGCAGGGCUGUUUGACCUGAAGCUUUUUUCGUCUGGCUCGAAGAACGGACCUGUCUGCCGAAACGGGCCCAUGUCUGAAAACCCAGACAGACGCUCACAUUUUCACAGAAAGGAUACUACAAGCGAGUACGUCGGACGCGACAGAGCAGCAAGAUGGAGUGUGAGUGGAAGCCAGACGAGCAGGGGCUUCAGCAAAUACUACAGCUGCUGAAGGAGUCUCAGUCACCAGAUACGUCCACGCAGAGAUCCGUCCAGCAAAGACUCGAGCAGCUGAACCAGUAUCCGGACUUUAACAACUAUUUGAUAUUUGUUUUGACCAAAUUAAAAUCUGAAGACGAACCGACCCGUUCCCUGAGCGGACUGAUUCUGAAGAACAACGUCAAGGCUCACUACCAGAACUUCCCAAACGGAGUGUCUGAUUUCAUCAAGAGCGAAUGCCUCCAAAACAUCGGAGACUCCUCUCCCCUCAUUCGUGCCACAGUGGGGAUCCUCAUCACCACCAUCGCCUCCAAAGGAGAGCUGCAAAACUGGCCUGAGCUUCUGCCCAAACUCUGUCUGCUGCUGGAUUCUGAAGACUACAACACAUGUGAAGGAGCGUUCGGGGCGCUGCAGAAGAUCUGUGAGGACUCCGCCGAGAUCCUGGACAGCGACAUGCUGGAUCGUCCUCUUAACGUCAUGAUCCCCAAAUUCUUGCAGUUCUUCAAGCACAACAGCCCGAAAAUUAGGUCUCAUGCCAUCGCCUGUGUCAAUCAAUUCAUCAUCAGCAGGACUCAGGCCCUAAUGCUUCACAUUGACCCGUUCAUCGAGAACCUGUUUGCACUGGCGACCGAUGAGGAGCCCGAAGUGAGGAAGAAUGUUUGCAGAGCCCUCGUCAUGCUGCUGGAGGUUCGGCUGGAUCGUCUUCUGCCUCACAUGCACAACAUCGUAGAGUACAUGCUCCUGAGGACCCAGGACCCAGACGAGAAUGUCGCCCUGGAGGCCUGUGAGUUCUGGCUUACACUGGCCGAGCAGCCGGUGUGUAAAGAAGUGCUGUGCGGUCACCUCUCUCAGCUCAUUCCUGUACUUGUCAACGGGAUGAAGUACUCGGAGAUCGACAUCAUCUUGCUCAAGGGGGACAUCGAGGAAGACGAGGCCAUUCCAGACAACGAGCAGGACAUCAGACCGCGCUUCCACCGCUCCCGCACGGUCGCCCAGCAGCAUGAGGGCGACGGGAUCGAGGAAGAUGACGACGACGACGAUGAAAUGGACGACGACGACGACGACGACACGAUUUCUGAUUGGAACCUGCGAAAGUGCUCUGCAGCAGCGCUGGACGUGUUGGCCAAUGUGUUCAGGGACGAUCUGCUGCUGCACAUCCUCCCACUGCUCAAAGAGCUGCUUUUCCACCCUGACUGGGUUGUAAAGGAGUCUGGCAUCCUGGUGCUGGGCGCUAUAGCUGAAGGUUGCAUGCAAGGCAUGAUCCCCUACCUGCCUGAGCUCAUCCCACACCUCAUCCAGUGCUUGUCUGACAAAAAGGCACUGGUGCGAUCCAUCACCUGCUGGACACUGAGUCGCUACGCGCACUGGGUGGUCAGCCAGCCCCCAGAUAUUUACCUGAAGCCUCUAAUGACUGAGCUACUGAAGCGCAUACUGGACAGCAACAAACGUGUGCAGGAGGCCGCUUGCAGCGCCUUUGCCACGUUGGAGGAGGAGGCUUGCACAGAGCUGGUGCCCUACCUGGCGUUCAUCUUGGACACGCUGGUGUUUGCUUUCAGCAAGUACCAGCACAAAAACCUGCUCAUUCUCUACGACGCCAUCGGGACGCUCGCGGAUUCCGUGGGACACCACCUAAAUAAACCGGAAUACAUCCAGAUGUUGAUGCCACCACUGAUACAGAAAUGGAACCAGCUGAAAGAUGAAGACAAAGAUCUUUUUCCUUUGUUGGAAUGUUUAUCCUCGGUAGCCACAGCCCUUCAAAGCGGCUUUCUGCCCUACUGUGAGCCUGUUUACCAGCGAUGCGUCAACCUGGUCCAGAAGACGCUCGCUCAGGCCAUGCUUCACCAGUCACAACCUGACCAGUAUGAGGUACCGGACAAAGACUUCAUGAUUGUGGCUCUGGACCUACUGAGCGGACUGGCCGAGGGCCUGGGCGGCACCAUCGAGCAGCUGGUCGCUCGUAGCAACAUCCUCACUCUCAUGUAUCAGUGCAUGCAGGACAAAAUGCCUGAGGUGCGUCAGAGCUCUUUCGCUCUGCUUGGGGAUCUCACCAAGGCUUGCUUCCAGCACGUCAAACCCUGCAUCGGUGAUUUUAUGCCCAUACUGGGUACAAAUUUGAACCCAGAGUUAAUAUCUGUGUGCAACAAUGCAACCUGGGCAAUCGGAGAGAUUUCUAUACAAAUGGGGCCUGAAAUGCAGCCUUACAUUGCCAUGGUGCUGCACCAGCUGGUGGAGAUCAUUAACAGACCCAAUACUCCAAAGACUCUACUGGAAAACACAGCAAUAACAAUUGGUCGUCUUGGUUACGUUUGUCCUCAAGAGGUGGCACCCAUGCUACAGCAGUUUAUAAGACCCUGGUGCACCUCCCUGCGAAAUAUAAGAGACAAUGAGGAGAAAGACUCGGCAUUCAGAGGAAUUUGCACCAUGAUCAGUGUAAAUCCUGGAGGCGUGGUGCAGGACUUUAUAUUCUUCUGCGACGCAGUGGCCUCCUGGGUAAAUCCAAAGGACGAUCUCAGAGAAAUGUUCUACAAGAUCCUUCACGGGUUCAAGAACCAGGUGGGCGAAGACAACUGGAGGCGUUUCUCUGAUCAGUUCCCGCUUCCCUUGAAGGAACGACUGGCAACCUUUUAUGGGGUGUAAAGGCUUCCACAGCACUGUGCCUCAUCGCGGGGUCAUUCACCAUGGGAGACGAGACAAGGAACCAUCCCAGGGAACAUGUUACCCUCUGCAGGGGGGGUCAGGGGGUCGACCCCUCCCCGACCUGGAGGAAGGGGUGGGAGGGAGGUGGUAGUAGCUCCAGUUCUCAGUGCCCUUGAGCGCAAGCUGGGGAGGGGGAGACACUGGCAGUUCAACCUUAUCAUGGGAGGAUCAUUCAUUUAAUCACAUCUCAAUCACAAAUAAUAGAAAUGAUCACGUUUUUCUUCUACUUUUUUUUUUUUCCUCUCCCCCAUUUAUUCUGCAGACAUCUUGCUUCCAGGACUACCGAAGGGUAAUUUUAGUGGGGGGGGAAAAAACCAAUGAAUCUUUAAGGUAUUUGUUGAGGACAGAUUCUGAGAUUAAUGAAACCAAUCUUUGAGAUACUUUAUAUUAAAGCAGCUAAUGCUAGCAGAGCAUUUUGAAAUCGGGCGGGGGAUGAAGGGGAAAUGUACUUUCAGAGUGCUGCAUAUCAUCCAAAGUAAGUAAGUAAUGACUUACAGGUAACCUAUUAUUUCAACACUUUACGCAGGGCAGAGGCUCUUGACUUAAAAUCACCAGGGAGCACAAUUCAAGAGCAGCUUUUCUGGGAUUAGGUAGCAUGCUUAUAAUAUUGUGGAAAGCUGUCGAACAUUAGUGAUGUGUGUUGACGGCCAUCGUUGCCAUUCGAUAAGGUUCUUCUUUGAUCGUGUA